GCUACUAGUCCUUUCUUUCCUCAAGUGUCAUUUUCUCACAUAUACCUCACACAAACCAUUCAUUUCACACUCAUUGUAUUCUCUCUCCUUCUCUUUGUUUCUUCUUCACUUUUCUAAAUCUCAAAAUCCCUAUAAUCUACCACUACUCAAUGAAAUUUACUGUACUUUUUAAAUAACUACCCUAAUCAACCACCAUUAUUUUCCAUACAAACUGUCAUUUACUUUAGCUUUAUAUAUAUAUAUAUAGUUUGUGAAACAGAGGACAAUAUUGAGCUAGAAGAACUUAUAGAACUGAAGAUCAAAAAGAAAAAGUGCAGUUAUAACUAUAUAUAUACCUAUAUAAAUAUAUAAAGUUGUGCUUUGUUUGGAUGGAGCUAUUCCCAGCACAACCAGAUUUAUCAUUGGAAAUCAGUCUUCCAAACAACAUACAAUCAUCAUCAUCAUCAUCAUCAAAAUGGAGAAGAAAUUUAGAUGAUAAAGAUGAAGAAGAAAUGGAUUUGAGAUUUUGGAAAAAAUCAAACACCUUUGAUCUUUCUCUCACAAAUCCAUUAUCUUCUUCUUCUACUGCUUCAAAUUCAAAUCUCAACAAUCUUAUAACAAACUCUUUUCAACCGUUUCAUCAAAACCGAAACCAUUACCAAAGAAGCCUAACUGAAGAACUAGGGUUUCUAAAACCUAUAAGAGGAAUUCCACUUUAUCAAAAUCCUCCUCCUCAUCCUUCUGUUGCAUUGUUUUCUCAACCAUCCUUUGAUGCUGCUGCUAAUUCUUCAAUUUCAACAACAACUUUUCAUUCUCAAAAUUUCAUGAGAUCAAAAUUCUUACCGCGGUUUCCUUCAAAACGUAGCAUGAGAGCUCCAAGGAUGCGCUGGACUUCCACUCUUCAUAAUCGCUUUGUUCAUGCCGUUGAGCUUUUAGGUGGCCAUGAAAGAGCUACACCAAAAUCAGUUCUUGAGCUUAUGGAUGUAAAGGAUCUAACUCUAUCACAUGUUAAAUCUCAUUUGCAGAUGUACAGGACUGUUAAAAUUACUGAUAGAGCAGCAUCACCAGGACAAUUUGAUGUAUAUGACAAUGGUUCAUCUGGAGAUACUUCUGAAGACUUCAUGAUUGACAUAAACUCUUCAACAAGGUCUAAUGAUCUACAGAUUAAGUUACCUGGAGAGAUUAUUACUACUAAUCAAGAUAAAGAAAAUCAUGGCUUUUGGAGCAUUUCUUCAAGUAACAGGGAAGCUUGGUUGCAUGGUAAGCCAGUAGACUCAGUUGGAAACUUGCCUUGUCUUGAGGGAAUGGAUCCAAAGUGUCUAAGCAAUGAAAGAAAUUCAUCAGAUGGAAGCUCUUCCUCAAACAUUUCAGGAACAAGUCUCAAGAAUCCAAAUCUGGAAUUCACAUUGGGCAGGUCAUUUUGAUGUCUCUCUUAUGAGCAAAAAUCAUUUUGAAGUCUCAAAAACUGCAAGAGCUAGGUAGAUUGCUGGAAUAAGAAUCAAGUUCAUGCAAAGAAAAUCAGAGAAAAAGAAAGCUAAAAGAAAACGGAAGAGGAGAAAAAGAAAAUUUAAAAAGUAAAAGUAGUUAAAGAAAGACAAAGGGAGACAAAAAAAGGCAUAAAGCAACAAAGAAGAGGUGAGAAAGAAAAGCAUGUCCAUCCAAAACAAAGUUCUUGUGAGAUGAUCAGAAUGAAUAUAUAUUAGAAUUUCUUAAUAUAUGAAAUCUAGUGUUAUUUGUAUGUCUUGCAAUCUAAGAGAUAAAUUAUUAGGCAUAAGAGACAGCUUUUGAUAUCUUUAUUUUAAGUGAUAUCUUUGGUAAUUGUAAUGGAGUUAGAACUUCAUGUUUAUUAGUAAUGUUUUCUUUUUUAAUGUU